UGUCGGCGUCGUUUAUGUUAUUGCUCCAUGGAACUAUCCUCUCAUGACAGCAGUCAACUCGAUCAUCCCCGCUGUUUUGGCCGGUAACUCGGUGCUGCUAAAGCACUCGCCUCGCACUCCUCUAUGCGGAGAGCACUAUCAAAAGACGUUCGAGCAAGCGGGCUUCCCGAAGAACGUGCUCCAGUCGUCAUUUGUUGAGCACGACACGGCUUCAGAGAUCAUCCAGCGCCCGGAGACGGCAUUCGUAUCGUUUACGGGGUCUGUCCGAGGCGGACGACAAGUACAACAAGUAGCAUCCCAACGCUCCAUCGAUGUGACUUUGGAGCUGGGCGGAAAUGACGCUGGAUACGUGACUGCUGAAGCUGACGCUGAAGCCGCAGCAGAGGGCCUUGUGGAUGGUGUUUGCUACAAUGCCGGUCAGUCGUGCUGCGGUGUGGAGCGGAUCUACGUCCACGAGUCCAAGUACGACCAAUUCUUGGAGAAGGCGAAGAGUUUGUUUGAGGCCUACAACUUGGGUGACCCGACGGACGCCAACACUUCGAUGGGUCCGAUGGCACUUCCUACUGCUCCGGAAAUGCUCGAUGCUCAUGUGAAUGACGCAGUGGCGAAGGGUGCUCUACAGCUGACGGGAAGCGGAAUCUCGGACGCAGCUGGAAAAGGCCGCUUCUACUCGCCUACCCUGCUUGCGAACUGUAAUGACUCCAUGGGCAUCAUGACGGAGGAAUCCUUCGGACCGAUUGUCGGUGUUGAACGUGUGUCAUCGGAUGCUGAAGCCAUCAAGAAAAUCAACGACAGCAAGUACGGACUGACAGCGUCGGUAUUCUCAUCAGACCGUGAGCACGCUAUGGCUCUGGGCUCGCAGAUUAGCGCUGGAACGGUGUACAUGAAUCGAUGUGACGUGCUUGACCCCUAUCUCCCGUGGACUGGCAACCGUGACUCCGGCAAGGGCGUCAGCCUCUCAAAGCACGGAUUCCGUGGCGUCACGAAGCUCAAAGCGUGGAACUUCCGUGUUUAGAGUUUACAGAAAACGAAGGUUGCUCUGCAGGUGGAUAGAUGACUGCAGUGGUGAACAAAUUUCAGACAAGAAAUCAAUCGAUUUGGCAUGAUCCCUUUUA